AUGCUCAAGAGAGCAAUCGACACGGUGAACCAUGCCGACUGGACCGCGCGGGUGUGUGACGGCUUCGCUGCCUUCUACUUGUGGCCGUGCAUGGAUGCAAGUCAACACAUCCUGCUGCACAGGUGCAUGGGGGCGCUUCUCCAGCGGGCGGCAGACGCCGUUUUCAUUCAACGCCGGGUGGCUCUCAUGUUUGACUCGGCCGCCCUCUCUGACCCCCGCGACCGGCAUGCUCUUGCCAUGGGGCUCGGCACUUCCACCCUACCUGGGCUCAUGCUUGACUCGGCCGCCCUCUCUGACCCCCUCGACCGGCACGCUCUUGCCAUGGGGCUCGGCACUGUGAGUCCCUCCUUUGCUCUUACUUGGGUCUUGAUUCCCUUUGCAUGCGGUGCAUCUGGAUGUGGUGUUGGGUCACCUUGGGGCAAAGUCCUAGACUCGACUCCUACUCCGUCUGCAACCUUCAGCACUCAACCCCCUGUGUCUCCUCGCUUCUCAUCUUUGCCUCUCAACGUCCUCUCUCCCUGCCUCCAGGUGGCAGCGGUGCAUCUCGAUGUGGUGGCAGCGGUGCAUCUCGAUGUGGUACUGGCCACCUUGGAGCAAGUCCUGGACUCCUAUUCCGUCUCCAAUCUGCAACGCAUAUACCAGUUUGUCAAAACCCUUGGUUCUCAAUCCGCCAUCUUCAUCCCCAAAACCUCCUCCUCCGCUUCCACCUCCUCCUCCUCUGCUUCCACUGCUCCCAAGCUCGCUCUCCCGCCUCUCGAGCGCCUAUUCAAGAAGGAGACUGCCACGUCAGCAGCUGCUGACUUCCUCCGGGACCCGCUGAUGCAUGAUGACGAUGCAAACGUGUUUGCUCCCUUAGCUGCUGUGACGUCCCUCCCAGCCAAGACAGCCGUGGUUCAAUCCAUCCUCACACUCGCCUCUGCUGCUAUCUUCCCUCUUAUGCCCUUGACAUCCCUCCCAGCCAAGACAGCCGUGGUUCAAUCCAUCCUCACACUCGCCUCUGCUGCUAUCUUCCCUCUUAUGCCCUUGACAUCCCUCCCAGCCAAGACAGCCGUGGUUCAAUCCAUCCUCACACUCGCCUCUGCUGCUAUCUUCCCUCUUAUGCCCUUGACAUCCCUCCCAGCCAAGACAGCCGUGGUUCAAUCCAUCCUCACACUCGCCUCUGCUGCUAUCUUCCCUCUUAUGCCCUUAACGUCCCUCCCAGCCAAGACAGCAGUGGUGCAAUCCAUCCUCACUCUCGCAUCUGCUGCUCUCGCUGCCCCUCUACCAGCUCUCACCACCCCUCCACCGCCCCAUUCAAAUGCUUACCCAUCUUCCCAUUUAGCCUCGGCGGUCACUCCACUGCUUUGCGUUGACGACUCACCAUUGGCUGAGCGUGUGAAAGAAGGAGAGAGAGGAGUGGGGAGAGGAGGAGAAGGAGCGGGGAUAGGUAUAGUGGAUGUGGAGGGGAGGGUUGGAGGAGAGGGGAGGGAGGAGUCAGAGGGGUCUAGCUCAAGUGGAUCGGACACCCUCAACCCCACCACUCUCCUAUCCUCUGCAUUCCCGUCAAACACCACUCCACCCAGUAGCACCCAUCCCAACCCAGCAGCACCGCUUCAAACCCAAGCAGGCAGCAAGCCUGGUAGUAAGCCCAGCAGCCGGCCUUCCAGCAAGCCUGGCAGCCAGCCAGGGAGCCCUGGCCCCCGGACAAGAGGAAAAUCAAACCUGGGCGGUGCAGCAGGAGGAGGGGAGAGAGGAGGAGGAGAGGACGGAGAGGGAAGAGAGGGAGGAGAGGGGGGAAGGGAAGGAUUGGGGCAACAGGAGAGAGGAACCGGAGAGGCGGAAGCAGCAUCAGCAGUGGAGGUAGUGGCAUUGUCACAGCAGAGGGUUCUGACGGCAUACCUGGCAGUGUGUGCCCAGUUCCAUGUGCUGGCGCUAGGGGAGCAAGGGCUGCCAGACUGUUGUCAAGAAGAAGUGUGUGGGUUCCUUGCGGCCAGCAGUGGUGGAGUGCGGUACACCGAAAGACAGCAAGGGCAACCCCUCCCAGCGCGCCCCUCUCUCAAUCCCAGCCAUCACGUGGCUGUUGUUCUGCCCGUAUGUACCAACGCACUCUCUCAGCUUCCUCCCCCCCUUCGCACCAACCUCCCCCCCUCUUCUCAGAGGAACCCCUCCCAGCGCCCCCCUCUCUCAAUCUUGGCCACCACGUGGCCGUCGAAGCAACCCCCCCCAUCACGCCCGUCUCUCAAUCUCGGGCAUCACGUGGCUGUCGUUCUUCCCUUCUGUGCCAAUGCCGACCCCACACUGCAACUGCUCGGCUGCAAGAUUGUUCUGUUACUCCUAACCACAGCUGUCGCCCUCUCCUCUCCACCUGAGGCCUCCUGCGUUUCACCUGACAACCCACCUGAGGUUUCAUCAGAGUCAGUCCAUUCCCCGCCCGCCUCUCCCUCCUCCUCUCUGCCUGUCUCCACUCACCCGGCCACCCACCAAUUAGAGGAAACCACCGAAACCAGCAGCCAGCAGGAGGAGCAACCAGCAGCAUCAACAGCAACAGCAGCUGCUGCUGCUGGUCCCAGCGCUUCUUCUGAAUCUCCUUCCUCCAAUUCCCCCUCUCAACCGACCUACGCCGCCCUCCUUGCUGCUCUGGAAGCGAAGGUCUCUGCAGCAGCGUCGCAUCAGGUUGGGAUGUUGGAGGGGGCAGAGGAGCAACUGGCAGUUCUGUUUGACUCUGCUGUGGAGUGUGUUGCACAUGUACUGACGGCAGAUGAGAUGAGUGCUACUGCUGGCAGCAGACGCGUUUCUCCACAUCACUUGCGCUGGUCACUCCCCCAACUCCACCAACACUCCUUCAGCCACAUCUGCAGCCGCAUGGGAAACCUCGCAGAACCAGGAGCGGCAAGCACGGGAAGAGGGGGCAGAGGGUCCAGCGACCCUGAUCACUUGCAGGGUGCAGCAGCAGCGGAGUGUGAGUACGUGGGGAGUGUGGUCUGCUCUCUGGCGGCUUCCUGCGACCCCGCUGCCCUGUUCCGCUGUGUGCUACAACAUGUGGAAGAAACUUCUGGGAAGCUGCCGGCGCUUGAAGAGCUUGUAGCGGAGAUCGCUCGGCACCCCUCGCUGGGCCCUCAGCUGUUCCACCUGCUUCUGCCGAAGCUCAUUCCUGGCUUCGAUCCGAUUGGUUUGGCCAACUUGCGUCAAGCAGCACAGCCACAAUCGCUGGUGCAGCAGCUAGGGGGUGAGGAGUCAGCAGAGCCAGAAGGGGCUGGAGUAGCACGGGUUGCAGCAGCAGCAGCAGCAGCAGCAGCAGGCGUUCUAACAGAGGGGCGGCAGGACGAGUCUGCUGCAUCAGCAGCAGCGGAACAGGCACAGCUGGGGCAAGCUGUAUCUGAAGCUGCUGCUGCCGGCGCUGCUGCUGCUGCUGCUGCUGCUGGUGCUGCCACCGCUUCGCUCACUUUUGAUCCAAGCGCUACAGUUGCAGCUGCUAUGGUUGCCGCUGCCUCAAACGCAGGAAGGGCAAGGAGUGCAGGGAGUGGGGGGAGUGCAGGCAAGCCCUUCAUCUACUCGUCUGGCUCCAAAGCAGCCAUUCGAAUGCUUGGGAUCAUGCUCAGGCACCCAUCACCCAACCUCAAGGAAGCAGCACUGCCCUACACCAUCCCCACAGUCCACACCCUGCACCUACUGCUCUGUGCUCUCGCCAUUGACACCAUCGCCUCCCACCCGGAGGCUGCACUCUCCUCCACCGGUCCCCUCAGCAAGAGGAUCAACGAUGCCAUCACAGCAGCAGAUGGAGGCCUCUGGUCCAGCGACCCUUUCCUGCUGGUGUAUGGCGUUCUGCGCUCGGUGGCUCAAUUCUUCGACCACCAGCCGCUCAUCGAGGCCCUCGAGACCUUCGCACCCGAGAACGUGAUUCAGGAGGAGGGUAACAGAAAAAAUGGGAGGAGUGGAAUCGACGUGACAGUGGGGCAGCUGUCGGUGCUUUGCAGGCUGGUGGCGGCCCUUGUGGGAGCCAUGCUGACUGUGGGGGAGCAGGGUGAUGAGGUGCUCUCUGUUGAGGCGUUUCUCUCCCAAGCCGUGGAGUGUGCUAGUGUAUACAAGUCCAUCACAGACGCUGCUCUCAUAUGCCACGCCAUGAGCGUGGGGUGGAGAAAGGACGGUUCUGAUUUGGAGGCGACAAUUGCAUGGCAGCUGGAGCGCUUCCAGGAAGCUUCCUCUGCUGCUCGAGCUGUCGUCCUGCUAACACUAUCGAAGCCCCUGUCCUCCUCGUCCCCACCCUCCUCCGUGGCUCAUCGCAUUCUUUCAACAGCUGCUCUCUCCCUGCAAGACCCAAGCGCCAUGGUCUCUCUCGCUGCUACCAUCUGCACGCACCAGUGUCUCUCCCAGUGCGACUUCCUAGCCAAUCAGGCGCUGCCAGCGGCCACCAUCCUCCAAUCAGCGCGAGCCAUCAUGGCCCAGGCUGCAGCAGCGUGGAUGACAGGCGCGUUGGCAAACAGGCUUGGCAACGCUCUUACUUCUCACUUCCUCUCCCCUUGCUCCUUCCAGAAGGACCGUGCGCCCCAGGCCCAGGCUGCAGCAGCGUGGAUGGCAGGCGCGUUGGCAAACAAUCUCCUGAAGCAGCAGCAGCAGCAGCAGCAGCAGCAGCAGCAGCAGCAGCCCAGCAGUGGGGAUGAGUGCACGGAGCAGCCCACAGCAAGCAGUGCAGAAUGUUCCAGCUUGGAGCGGCAGGAUCUUCAACCCGAGGUCCGGGAGACAAUGGCAACCUUCUGGUUCUUGUCGGCGCAUCAACCGGACCUAGUCACAAGUGCAUGCAAGGCUUCCUCUUUCUGCCUGGCUCGGCUACUUUCGUCCGAACAAAGCACUGAGUGCACCCACCAACCGUUGUUGGAAUCGGGUCUCUUCACCAGGAGCUUCUACCAGUUCCUCUCACAUGACUUUGUAACGAGUUUCGACGCUUACACUGGGUUCGCAUUGGAA